AUGCUUUCAGCACGCAAACGCAGAGCGGCUGACUCCGAGGACUCCGACGCUUCUCAACCUCGACAAAAUACACGCCGUCGCCAACGAAGCACAUCUGAUUCUGAAGACGAAGAGAUGUCCGAUGCCAGCCACAACGGCGCACGCGCGCCGACCAGUCUCGACGCACUGGUAAAGAAGAUGGUGCGCUUUGCGCUCGCGUGCGAAUACGCCCGUUUACCCAUUCGGCGCGCAGAUAUCAGUACCAAGGUGCUCGGUGAGCAAGGGACACGCAUGUUCAAGACGGUUUUCGAACAAGCGCAAAGGCAUUUGAGAGAGAAGUUUGGGAUGGAGAUGGUGGAGUUGCCAGCGAAAGAGAAAAUAUCUAUUGCGCAGCGGAUAGGUGAGAUCUUUUUGUCCCCUCUCUCCAUUGAGAUGAAGAGAGAUGAGGCUGCUCAAAAGACUGAAAGACCAUCCGCUUCUAAUAAAUCUUGGAUUCUAACAACUACCCUCCCGCUCGCAUAUCGCAAUCCAUCUAUCCUGGUACCAGCCAAAGCCCCCUCAACCAGCACAGAAAGUACAUACACGGCGCUGUACAGCUUCAUUAUUGCCGUGAUCAUGUUGAACGGUGGCACACUCGCAGAACAGAAACUCGACCGAUACCUUGCGCGCACGAACUUGGACCAGUACACCCCCAUUGAAAAGACGGAGAAGCUACUACAAAGACUUUGUAAAGAAGGGUAUAUCGUUCGCUCGAAAAAUACGGAAGGAGGCGAAGAGCAUAUCGAGUACAUCGUUGGGCCGAGGGGAAAGGUCGAGAUUGGAUCCAGCGGUGUGGCCGGGUUAGUGAGGGAGGUUUAUGGACAUGGGCCUGUAGCGCCCGGUACAAAUGGAGGAGAAGAAGGGAGUGAUAAUGAGGGAGCUGAACAGAUGUCACGGGAGGUGAAGAGGGACUUUGAGGUGCGAUUGAGGCGAACACUUGGGAUGCCUGCGGUUCGAGAGCGGACUGAGCAGACAGAGGAGCCGCAGGAGGGGCCUCGGGGGAAUGGACAUCGAGAAGAAGAGCAGGGGCCGAGAAGGUCUUCGAGGAGGCCUGUUUAUGAGGAGUCGGAAGAGGAAGAGGAAGAGGGUGAGGAUAGUGAUUAG